AUGGCUACGGAAGUAGUAGAUAUCAACUACCUAUCGGGGUAUCUGAGUCUCCCGCACGAUACACUUGUUUCGGUCCUUGAUGCUCCCACGACCGAGCUCGUUCGUUCAGUUCUAUAUGCAGUCACAGCAAAGGCGCGCGAGCAUGAUACAUUAGCCGCAGACAAACUACGCGUGGAUAUUGAGUUGGAAAAUGCGGUCAGGAGCUCAGAGACGCGCAUUGACGGGCUCCGGACCGGCUUGGAGAAGGCGCAGAAGACAGUAGAGGAAGUUCGGACCAAGUUAAAGGAGGAAGAAACCGCGCGCUCAUCUCUAGAAACCGAACUUCAAAACCUUAAGUCUUCCUCGUCGACUUCAACAUCCGAGGCCGAGACAUUGCGAGCUCGCAUCUUGUCUCUCGAGGCUGCAAAUCGCGAUACCGUAGCGUUGCUCGAAUCCAAGACCACGGCGAAUGACGAUCUAGCCAAGGAGGUACAAAAACAGCACCAGAAGGGUUUGGAGCUCAGUCAGCAAAUAACAAGCAUUCAACAACAGGUCCAGAAUGCCAAUUCCGCAGCCUCUAGCGCAAAAUUCCGAGAGCAGUCACUCAAGCAAGAGGUUGAGUUGGCGAAGGGGAGUGCAGAAUGGUUCGAGAACGAAUUGAAGACCAAGAAUGCUGAGGCUCAGAAAUAUCGAAAGGAGAAGGGUGCCAGGAUUGCCGAGCUCCAGCGCCUUAAUGAAGACGCCAAUUCCAACCUUGAGGCUUUGAAGAAGACGGAACAGGCUCUCAGAAACAGGCUUGAUGAAGUACAAAAGAAGGCAGAAGACUCCCUGACCAAAGUUCAACAGCUCCAAGAAGCAGCUGCUAAGACUGAGGAAGGUUUCCGUCAAGAGCUAGAAAGCGCACGCCGACUUGCAGAAUUGCAAUCUCAACAGACGGAGACUCACCGUAAUAGACUGAAGGAGGUUGAAACCGAACUUGACAAGGUCAAAGUUGAUGCAGCUGAGGAAAUUGGCAGAUGCCGCCAAGAAGCCGAAGUAGAGCGAGAAGAACGGGAGCAAGUGGAUCGUCGGGUUGAAGAACUAGAGGAGCAAGUCGAUCAUCUUCAAGCGCAGCCUAGACCUAGCUCCAUUCCCGGAACACCUCGCCAAGGCCUCAAUGGCUCAGUGUAUGGGCGGUCAGGAUCGCCAGCCCAGUUUGCCAGUCCGGGAUCCGUUAGAAGCAAGUCAGCUAUCACAGCUACGCAGGCCAUUGAUGAGCUCUACAAAGUAAAGGGCCUGUUAACGACGGAGAGGCGACGGAGCGAACGUCUUGCCGCUGAAAUGGAGACGAUGGUCGAGGGACUGGAAGCUAAGCAGCCCGAAAUUGAAGAGCUACAAGCUGAACACGAACGCCUGCAACAGGAAGUGGUAGAGAUGUCAAAAUUCGUGGACCAGACUGGAAAGGAGAGAGACCGUUCUAAGAAAGAUCUUAGAAAAGCUGAGAGCGAUGCUUCUACAGCACAAGCGGAAGCAAAUAUCCUUCGGCAGCAGCUCCGCGAUCUAAGCGCCCAGGUCAAGAUGCUAUUAUGCGACUUAGACGCUCGCGAAAGAGGAAUUGAUGCCUUAAGUGCCGCAGAGCGAUCGCAACUUGAACGACUAGCCCGAGGUGAAAUUAGCGAAGAGGCUUUGGAAGGGCUUACUGACACGGACCGAUUUAUUAGCCAGCGAUUGACUGUAUUCCGAAGUGUUAGUGAGCUUCAGGAGAAAAACCAAGAGCUUCUGAAAAUUACACGGCAACUGGGGGCGCAGAUGGAGAGCGAGGAGGCAUUGGCGGCCAAACACCAAGCUGCAAAGGAUCACGAAGAAGUCCAGAGUCUUCAGGCCAAGAUUGAGAAUUAUAAGGACGAACUUCAGUCUAUGCUAACUAGGUCUGAAAGCUAUAUCAAAGAACGAGAUAUGUUCCGCCGUAUGCUUCAACACCGCGGACAAUUACCACCCGCUUCUGACCUCGCGUCGGUCUUUGGACAGUCAAUUGAUGGAAGUCAAAAUGGCUUAGUACCGACUGUCGAGCAGAACCCGGCCAACUCCACCAAUUAUCCAGUCUUGCUCAGAGAAUUACAAGCACACUUCGAUCAAUACCGAAAUGAGCAGACCAUCGAUCGUCGAACAUUGAAAGAGCAGACGGAAAAACUCUCAUUGGAAAAGGGCACCCUUCAAGCCGAAAUUGCAAAGGUUAGCAGUCAGCUCACAUUCUCCAGUGAGAGAUACGACAUGCUACAAGCCAAUUAUAACAUGCUGCAAAAUGAGAACAGCGAACUACAAAAACGAUCACAAACGCUUUCUGAAGCUGCUGCAAAGCAAGAUCUUCGGACGCAGCAAGUCGCAGAAGAUCUUAUUGAGGCCAAGGGCCUAGUCGAGAGUAUGCGGAACGAGAAUGCCAAUCUCAAGGCCGAGAAAAAGCUUUUCAAAGAUAUCCAAGAUCGACUGAGCGCGGACAAUGAAGCGUUAAUGAACGAACGGACGCGGCUAAACAACUUGAUUGCGAACCAACAAUCCUUGCAAAACGAGCGGGAACUUUCUGAAUCAGAGACUAGGCGGCGACUUCAGACGCAAGUGGAAUCGCUUGAAGCCGAAUUGUCGGCAACCAAACGCAAGUUGAGCGAUGAAACUGAGGAUAAUAAGAAAGCCCAAUUACGGAAGGAGUAUGAUUUCCAGCAAAACCAAAAGCGUAUCGAUGACCUUGCAAGCAGCCUAAGCCAGGUCCGCGAGGAACUGGUAGCUGCAAAGACUUCCCGUGACCAUCUCCAAGCUCGGGUCGAUGAGCUAACCAUCGAGUUGAAGAGCGCCGAAGAGCGGGUGACACUGCUUCAACCAAGACCCACGCCACGGACUGCCCCAAGCACUGAUAAAGUUGCCAAUACCAAUGAGGAUGUCUCGGCGGACGAGGAUAGGGAACAACAACUCGGCAUAGAGGUCUCAGAGUUGAAGAGAGAUCUCGAACUUGCAAAAUCUGAGCUCGAGAACACGAAGAGCCAGAUGGAACAGUAUAAAUCAAUAAGCCAAUCAUCCGAAGAAGAGCUUCAGAGUCUCAAUGAUACACAAGAUCAAUACCGAGAGGAAAUGGAUCGCAUCAUAGCGGAGAAGGACUCCAAAAUCGGGGAAUUAGAACAGCGGGUUCUGGAUAUAUCAACGGAGCUUACUACCACAAAUAACGAACUGACGUCGGUCCGAAAUCAACAGGCGGAUACUGCUAGACAGGCUGAUGAUUACAAGGCUAUUCUUGAACAAGAAAUCUCGAGACUCAAGGACCAAGAUGAGAGACAUGCCACCGCGGCGCAGUUCCAUCAGCAGGACCUCCGCGCGCAAGCAGCGAUUGCCACCAAGGCCCAGCAAGACUAUGAGAAUGAGUUAGUGAAGCAUGCCGAAGCGGCAAAGCUACUCCAGAACCUCCGCGGCGAGUACAACCAACUGAAGAGCGAGUCCGCAUCGUUUAAGGCCGAUGCCGAAUCCGCUCGAGUUGCGUUGAGUCAGAGUCAGGCUUCUUGGGAUGAGCGUCGGCAUCAGUUUGAGCAAGAAUUGAAGGAACUACGAGCUCGACGCGACGAUGUUAAUGCACAGAACAAGCUGCUUCACCAGCAACUGGAAAGCGUUGGAGAUCAAAUCUCAGCGCUCCAACAAAGUCGUACCACAUUAGCCGACACUGGCGAUGCCGCAUCACCGGCUCCGGGUUCAACCUAUGACCGAACAGCUGACGGGCUGCGCGAGCUAAAUGCUUUCUUGAGGCGCGAGAAAGAAAUUGUAGAAGUCCAGUAUGACCUCAAAGUGCAAGAGUCCAAGCGCCUGCAGCAACAGGUUGAUUACACGCAGUCGCAGCUUGACGAAGCUAGACUGAAACUCGAUCAAGAACGGCAUCUUCAUGCUGAUGGAAGCAGAAGCUCUGUAGCCCACAAAGACCUCAUGGAGAAGUUGAAUGAGCUGAAUCUCUUCCGGGAGAGUAGUAUUACCCUGAGAAACGAGGCUCGUCAAGCUCAGGUCCAACUAUCAGAAAAGACGAAGCGUGUGGAAGAACUCACUGGACAGAUCCAGCCAUUAGAAACCAAGAUCAGAGAGCUUGAGCAUGGCAAGGAGACAAUGGAUGGAGAGAUGCGAUUGUUACAGGAAGACCGGGACCGGUGGCAGAAGCGCACGCAAGACAUAAUUUCGAAGUAUGACCGCAUUGACCCUGCAGAGAUGGAACAAUUGAAAGAAACCAUUGAAACCUUGCGAACGGAGCGAGAUACCUUACUCGAAGACAGGCAGCCUCAGCAAGAAAAAAUCCAGAGCCUGGAGGCGGAGAAGGCUACAUGGCAACAAUCACGGCAGAAGUUGAUCGACCAAGCCAAGGAGAGAUCGCGUGUCCAGACGAAGGAAAACAACAACCGCACCGCCGAGAGAGACGUUGCGAUCCAGGAGAAGGACGCUCUCCAACUGCAGCUUUCUGGUAUCCAGCAGCAACUCGCAUCUGCCAUCGAAGAGAAGGGUGCCGCAGAGCAACAGCUCGCGAUUGCCGUCAAAGAACAAGAUAUCGCAGAGAAGCAACUCGUCUCGCUGAGGCAAGAGCUUGAGGGGUUUAAGUCUGAACGUGACCGCUUGGCUGCUAUCUCUGAGGCCUCCGUAUCUCAGGCCCCUGUAACCCAACCGCCGCCAACAGAGGCGGCUGGGCAACAACACAAUGAAGUCGCCGAACAACAACUUGCCCAACUCCGAAAACAACUGGAUGAUGUUACACAGGAGAAGGUAUCCCUCGAAUCGCAGGUGAAGGAUUUGCGCGAGCAGCUUCAAAAGGUCACCUCCGAACGAGACAAUGCUGCUUCUGAAGCUCUGGAGGCACGCUCAAACCAAACUAUUAACACCUCGAAUAAUACCUUGGCCAGCGAAAAUGAGGAUGGGCAGAUCGACGAGAGCCCAAAAGCCAGUGUCUCCGAAACCGAGAGAAGGGUUCUUGAAGAGCGCAUUGCUGCGGCGGACGCAAAGGCCAAGGAAUGCGAGGAGAAGGCUGCCAAGAUCGAAAAGGAGAUGGAUGACACGGUUAAAGCACGGUCCGAGAAGAUGAAAGCUGCUUUAAAUAAGAAGCUUGCUGAGUCACGGGAGACUCAGAAGAAGCAGCUCGAGGCGGAAUACGAUUUGAAACUCGAACAAGAAAGACAAAUUUGGCUCGCAGAAUCGAAAGCUGCAGCUCCUCCUGCCCCAUUAACAGUUUCUACUACUCCAUCAGCCACUCCAUCUAAACCAAGUGUAGAUACGCCAUCGGCUGCGGCAGCCGCUCCCACAACUCCAGCUACCCCAGCCACUCCUGGCCAGAGGCCGCCGGUCACAACCUUUGAUAGCACCAAUCUCUCCGAUGCACAAGUUCGAGACUUUUUGUCAAAUAACGUCACAGUCAAAUCUAUUGUUACCAGCAAUGUCAAGAAGAAGGUUGAUGCUGAAACCCAAAAGUUGAAGGAAGAAUAUGAGAAACGCCAAGCUCAAGCUGUAUUCAUGACAGAGAAAAAGUCUUCAUUAAGACUCAACAUCGCUGAUAACAGAAUUAAAGUUGCAAACGGGAAACUUGAGAUAGUCGAAACAGCUGCCCGAGAAACGCCCCAGAAGCCAGUUGUUGAAGUCUGGGAGGUUGCCAAGGCCUAUAAACCUCCACCACCAACCCCAGAAACUACUGCUCAGCCAAAUGGAACCCCUUCCUCGGCACCGAAAGUAGCCGAUGUCAAGACGGAAGCUGGUACAACCAGUGUGCCGCAACCUUCCCCACAGACACAAAACGCUCCGCCAGGGCCAACAAAUGGCACAGCGUCGAUUCCGACUCCCGCAGUUAUUCCUACACUUAACGCGGGCAAUAAUACACAGGCCGCCGCUAAUGCCGGUCGAACCUCUGGUAUUCCGACAAUGAGAGGUGGGGCGGCCGGUCGAGGCCGGGGUGGAAAUCAGGUCUAUCAAGCAGGACGUGGGGGUGGCGUGCCAGGAAGGGGUAGAGGAAAUGCUCCUGGCCAGAGAGGGGGCCUGAAUGCUGGAGCACCAGCUUAUAACCCCCAGGGCCAAGCUGGAGUCAAACGAGCUCGUGAAGAAGGAUCUAUUGGAGGUCCAGGAAACAGCGGGAAGAGAGCUCGAGGUGGGGGUCAGAACAAUUAA